AUGAUGUCCAAGAGAGCUGUCGCACUUUGCUACGCAUCCGCGAGCAACUACGGCCGCUACCGCAAGAACCGGGACGAGCGGAUAGCCAGCAGGAGCUCCAAGAGCCAGACCGAUCCGUACUCGGUUCUCUUUGCGCACCUCUCCCGGCGAGUGCCCGAGGACUACCUGAAAUCACUGUUCGAAGAAGUUGGGCGUGUGACGCACUUCGAGCUUUGGAAAGGCCCCGAUGGGCAGUCCCUUGGGCGAGGAAAAGUGUCCUACACAUCGACUGCUGAUGCCAACAUGGCGGUGAAGCAGCUUAGCGGGUGGUAUGUGCACGGGCGCACGAUGCGGGUUUGCCUCUUCCGGCCCCCCAGCGAAGAGCGUGGGGCCGAUGUCCGGGGGCAGGAUAAGAACAAGUUCCCAGAGAAACCCUGCUCCGUCAUCUUCAGCAACUGCAACUCUGUGAGCACCGAAGGAUUCCUUCGGUGGCUGCUGUCAAAGGCCGGCACUGUUCUUUGCUUCACCCUCCAGCGCAACGACGAGGGGAAGUCGCUGGGAUGGGGAACCUGCACCUUCGACGGUGAAGCGGUCGCGCGGCGUGCCAUCGAGCGCUUCAACGGCGCCUGGGUGGACAACCGGAGGAUCCAGCUGGAGCUCGAUCCAAACCCACCGAAGAGCUUCCUCUCUUGUGUGUUCUUCCACAACGUCACGUGGACCACGACCGCAGCAGAGCUCAAGAGGAAGUUCUCUGCCUAUGGCACCGUGGAGGAGUUCGAGCUGCGAGUCAAGCCCAACGGCCGCUCCCUGGGUAUGGGAACCUGCAGGUUCUCCUGCUCCAAGGAGGCCCGGAACGCCAUAUCUGGACUCGAUGGGCAGAUGCUGCAUGGCCGAAGGCUCUACCUCUGCCGCUACGACCCCAUUGGAGCUGGCAGGGUACAGGCGAGCCGCCCUUGGGAGAACUGCCCCCCCGCCGAGGUCAAGGAGGAAGACGACAGCGACGUGGAGAACCGCUGA